AUGGACUCGGCGAUCGCAUCCCAGUUCCCCACGAAUGGCACCACACACGGCAGCGCCCUGAACGGCAGCCACCCGAAAGCUUCCCCCAAGGUUACGAACGGCACGAUCGCGGGCUUACUGUCCCGCCAGAACAAUGACGGUACGCGCGGCGGGCUGUUCGGGGACGACGACGACGACGACACGGCGUCGGCCGACCAAGCUUCUUCCGUCGCGAGCCCGUCAUCCGUAACGUCGCCGCCGUACUGGAUGAACCAUCACCAACGCUCCGUCUCCAAUGUGUCGGUCGAGUCCGUGCUGCCCGCUGGCGCGAUCACGAUGCACGACAACGAGGCUAGCGACCGAAACGAUCGCAACCGCGCGUGCUGGGCGAAGAGCGUUGAGAUUACCGACUACGUGAUCGUCAACGGCAGUACGACCAACAUCGGGGCUUUCGUCGUGUGGAAUAUCAGGGUCGAGACGCUGCAGGGGAGCUAUAUGAACAUCCGCAAGCGAUACUCCGAGUUCGACGACCUCCGCGAAAAGCUCAUCAAGUCAUUCCCCAACUUCGAAGCCGCGGUGCCCCCUCUACCGCCCAAGAGUGUGAUAUCGAAAUUUAGGCCCAGAUUCCUUGACAAGAGAAGGUCGGGCCUACAAUACUUUCUCAAUUGUAUAAUGUUGAAUCCUGAGUUCUCCGGGUCGCCAGUACUCAAGGAUUUUCUUUUCUCAUAA